UUGUUCCCAAUUGCCAUUCUCUUCUGCCCUCGCGCACAUGGGUUGGUUGAGAUUAACGACUCCUCUCCUCUUUCAAUCCAAGCUGCUCUGCAUCUCUCUCUUCUACCUCCUCACCACCGUUCCUCUCUCUCUAUACGUCUCCUUCUCUCAGCGCGGAUGCCUCUUUCUAUCUCCGACCCUCCUCCCUCACCUCCUCUUCUCCUACCCCUCUUCCUAUGGCGAGCACAAGCACGCUCUUCCCGCUUCUCACUCCUCCUGUUCUUCCCCUGUUUUCUUCUCCGAUUACCGCGUCGCCUUCGAGGAGAUCCACAAUGUUCGCAGAAACCGGUCGUCGAUGAAUUCUUCCGACUCUGUUUUGAGUUACAUGCAGGGGAAAGGUGAGACUUUUGCCGGAAAUUUUUCCACGCAGAGGAGAAGAUCGUUUUUCGUUCACGGAGAUGAUCGGAUUCCCGUCCCCUGCGGCUUCCUUCGCGAAUUUUCUGUAAGAAAAUCAGACAGAGUAGCCAUGGAGCAGUGCGGAGGCGUGGUGGUUGUUUCAGCGAUCUUCGGCGAUCACGACAAGAUCCGGCAGCCGAAAGGUUUGGGAUUCAAGACGCUUGAAGCCGUUUGCUUCUUCAUGUUCAUAGAUGAUUCCACUCUGAAAACCCUCAACUCCCACAACAUCCUCGCCGGAGCUGAUAGCGUCAUGAUUGGCGUUUGGAGAAUCAUCCGCCUCUCUGCCGGCGAUCUCCCUUAUGACAAUCCGGCGAUGAAUGGAGUCAUUCCGAAGUACCUCGUUCACCGUCUCUUUCCCAAUACAAAAUUCAGCAUCUGGCUCGACGCCAAGCUGCAGCUCACUGUCGAUCCCCUGCUACUUCUUCACGCCCUUCUGAUCUCCAAGGACGCCGAUAUGGCCGUUUCGAAGCAUCCUUUCAACGUUCACACCAUGGAGGAGGCCAUGGCGACGGCGAGGUGGAGGAAGUGGGGCGAUAUCGAGUCUUUGAGGAUUCAAAUGGAGACUUACUGUGAGAACGGGCUGCACCCAUGGUCGCCGAGCAAGCUACCGUAUACAAGUGAUGUGCCGGACACGGCGAUGAUAGCGAGGAGGCAUGGAAUGGCAGCCAAUCUAUUUUCUUGUCUGCUGUUCAACGAGCUUGAAGCAUUUAAUCCGAGGGAUCAAUUGGCGUUCGCUUAUGUGAGGGAUAUGAUGAGCCCUCCGAUCAAGAUAAACAUGUUCGAGGCUGAGGUUUUUGAGCAGGUAGUGGUGGAGUACCGGCAUAAUUUGAAGCUGCAGGGUGGAGUGUCGGCCAUGGCUGCUGCGAGGCCUAUAAGGAGGGCGGUGCCGGUGGAUAUCAAAGGGAGCAAAUGCGAGAAUUACCUUCUCAAGAUGUGGGGAGAAGCCAUUGAUGAUAACGGUGGAGGUUAAUCUUGAGAUUGAUUAUAGAAUUCUUUGCUUAGGUUUAGAUUAAUAAAGGAAUUAAGCUUCCAAUGAGGAGUUUUUGAGGUUUUGUUUGGUUGGAGUGAAUGUAAAAACUUCUGUUUGGGAAAAUAGGAUCACUGCUCGUCUCCUCCAAUUCAACGAACAAACGCAGUUGUUUAAAGAAAUUCGGCGGAUGUUCCCAAAUUUUCAAAUGAAACCUUGGAUUCGAGAUUAUUGUUGUGGUGGGAUGGUACAGUUAAAACAUAGGCAUUUUUUUGUUUAAUUGUUGGUUUUUUUGUUCAUUAGAGUUCAAUGAAUAAUGACAAUAUAAAGGAAGUUUAAUAAUU